GCAGAUGCAAAUACUGGCAGCAGAGUCUAUGAUUGAAGCACUAUAUUUCAUAUCUGCAAGAUAGAUGCACUGCCAUGUGUUCUUUGUUUCAGUCCAUGGUGAAGCUCCUCGAGGUUUCGCAUCGGUGGUGGAUGUCCAAUGCACGACUACUCAACGUGGAGCAAAAUCGACGACGCUAGAAAAACAUGAAGCUCUUGCCGUUCUUUGGCUCCUGUAUUAUUAUGAGGAGGCAUUGUAUCCAUGAGUCGCAAGUUGCAAAUGAUGCUCGGCUAUUCAGUUCACAAGUUUCAAGUGAUGCAUACUUGACCAACUUGUUCAGCAUGCUUAGCUCAGCUUAGCUGUCAUUUAUGAUUGCUGCUGAACAUAUCGCGUUUCCAGACUCAGAUGCACGACAGAGGCGUGAUACACAACUUAUGGGGCAUGGGUCUGACAGGAGGAGAAGCGAAAAUCUUCUGUUCUUUUAAGCAAGAGAGGACAACAAAUCAACGACUUAAUUCGUGACUUCAAAAGCAGUACAGCAUUUCUCAAUGCUCAUACAUGAGACAUUUAUGCCAACAUUAUGCGUUGAUAAUCAGAGUAGCAGGUUUCAUGUAUGGACGUUGUGAUAGAUGCAAAUAGUUCCUUGUGAUGAAAUCUACUUUCAGCUUGAUUCUUCAUAACCCCUUGAUAAGUAAACGAGGUGGACGUCUAAGCUGGUCCCAAUUAUUUUUCUCCAUUACUGAACUUUCAUACAAGCCAUCACUUUGCUACGGCUAGCUGGCAGAAGAAAGUAUCGUUCAGCAUGGACGUAGUAUGGCGGGGAAACGGUGAGGUCAUGAAACUCUGAGCGUUUGACAGUGGAAGUGAUGUACUGCAUAUAUAUAGAUAUGCAUCUCUAUGUUGGUCUGUGGAGAAGCGGUAGUGUUGAGUUUUCCAAUUGCAAUAGCUUGCAAUAACAUUUGAUGCAGGAAUGGCUUCGUGGGACACGGUGAACCAGUUGUUCAGAGAGAUUGCACAGUUGAAGAAGGAAACUGAAUUGGCACUUACUGAGAUAGAAGAGCUGGAAAUUUGGCUCGAAAAUGUUUCUCCCGAAACUUUGGAGAGUGACAUUGAAGGAAAAAUGGCACGGCUUGAAACUUUAUACUCUGAAGAGCGAGAUCGUGCAACGAAAGAAGAAACUCUAUUAAAUCAAUCAAUUCUACAGAUAGACGCUAUUGCUAAACAGUCUGAGAAUGGCCAGGAAGAUGAUACACAAGACAAGGAUCCAUCAGCAUGAAAAAGGUUUCGGUGUGGACUGAUUCUAUCGCCGUACUGAAGGAGAGGCGCUGCAGCUGCAAGCUAUGAAGACACGCAGAUUGCAUUUGACAAUUUCUUUCACAAUGUUCUGUAUCAAGACUGCUAUUCAGAUUCAGAUUAUCUCAGCCUUAAGUUCCACAGCUUCCGACCCAUCUAGUUGUCCUCAAAGAGCCAGAAAUAUCUAUAUAGCAGUUUAUAGUUUUGUAAUUCAUUGGGUAGAUAAAGAAGACUCUAUUCACGGUCUCAGAAUACAUUCCAGCUUCUACGUUGCCUGAUUUGCAGAAGAUUGGAGCCCAUUCAAAGAAAACGUAGGUUCCUCCACUAACCCAAUAUUGGAUGACUUUGAAGUUUAAUCGUCAAGGUAUGAUCUUUUUGAAUCAUCUUCAAACUCCAAAGUUCUGCAUAUGCUUGUUUGAUGUAAAGAUUGCUACCUGGAUUUCAAGCUCACUGGUAAGUAAAUG